AUGCUAACUUUCUUCCUUUCUUCUGCUUCUUCCAAGGCAAUUACAAUGCCUCUCAAGAAGCACGAUGUUUCCUUUGAACAGGUCAGAAGGACAAUCGAUCGUUACCGCAAAUUGAAUCGCGUUGAUGGUGGAUCCAGCGUUCCACUCCACGAUUUCUCUGAUGCACAGUACUACACAGAGAUCACAAUCGGUACACCAGCUCAGAAAUUCAAAGUUUGCCCAGAUACAGGCUCAUCCAACCUCUGGGUUCCAUCCAAGAAGUGCAACUCAAUCGCUUGCUGGCUUCACACACGUUACGACUCCUCCAAGUCAUCCACAUACACAGCUGAUGGCCGUGAAGUCGAUAUUCAAUACGGAUCUGGCUCCUGCAAGGGCUUCGCCUCCCAGGAUGAAGUCCAGAUUGCUGGCAUCACAGACAAGAUGACAUUCGCUGAAAUGAAGGAAGAAGGUUCCAUCUCCUUCAUCGCUGCUAAGUUCGAUGGUAUUCUUGGCCUUGCUUUCCAGAACAUCUCCGUUCAGGGCAUCCCACCGCCACUCCAGAUCUUAUACGAGCACGGCGAAAUCGAAGACUACACAGUUGCCUUCAAGCUCGGCCGUACAUCCGGCGAAGAUGGUGAAAUGACAAUCGGUGGCUACAACCCAGAUGCUUUCUCCGGCGAAAUCACAUGGUUCAACGUUGCUAAGGAACUCUGGUGGUACUUCGAGUUCGAUGACGUCCUCGUUAACGAUGUUUCUGCUGGUGUUUGCCCAGCUGGCGGAAAGUGCGCUGCUAUCCUUGAUACAGGCACAUCUAUGCUCAUUGGCCCAGUCUCUGCUAUGGAUGUCAUCAUGAAGAACAUCGAUAUCGACGCUCGUUGCCAGAACCUUGAUCAGAACCCAACAGUCACCUUCGUCAUCAACGGCGUCAAGUUCCCACUUACACCAGAAGAUUACGUCAUGAGAGUUAACGCAGGAUCCUACGAUCAGUGCCUUCCAGGUAUGAUGGGUGCUGACCUUGUCCCAUUCUUCAUCCUCGGUGAUACAUUCCUCCGCAAGUACUACUCAAUCUACGACAUGAACUACGUCAACGGCGUUGCUAAUCCACGUCUCGGCCUUGCCCUUGCUAAGUGGUAA